AUGCUGUUCUGCGAAGUGGGUUCGGGUAUCACUGCUAGCUUCUGGCAGGAUAACUGGACUAAUGCUGGUCCCCUUAUUGAGUUGAUAGGUGAAAGAGGUCCCCAGAUCACGGGUUUAAGUAUUGAUGCAGUUGUGGCUGAUGUUUUGACGAGUGAUGGAUGGCGUUGGGAUCGGAGUAGAAGUAGAAGCCCGGUAAUCGCUUUGUUAAAAGACACCUUGCCUAAUGCUCAAGAGAUUAUAGCUUCGGAAGUGGAUGACAAUUAUGUUUGGAUCCCGGUGAGGGGGAGAGGAAAUGGUUGUUUUUCAGUCUCUGAAACGUGGAGGGCAUUGCAUCCUUUCCCUUUGGAAGUUCCCUGGCAUAAGGCUGUUUGGUUUGCAGGGAGGAUUCCGAAGCAUGCGUUUAUCACGUGGAUAGCAGCUCGUGAUAGAAUGGUUACAAGGGACAGGCUCAUUAGAUGGGGUUUGUCAGUUCCUUCAACUUGUGUUCUGUGCACAGGAAGAGAGGAGAGCAGGCUCCCUCAAGAGAUUCUAACACGACUCUGA